AUUAUUAAGAUAAUAUUAAGAUUAAGAUUAAUAUCUGGUCUUGUAACAACUUCAGUAAACAAAGACAACUGUAUGAAAACUCCACACUCUGGAUUCUCUAUCUCAGUUUUCUUUGCAGAAAAGAAAAACAAUAGCUCUGUUCUUUGUUCUUUAUUCUGAAAGAUACAUUUUUUUCUCCUCAUACCCACUAAGGGUAGAAAAAAAAAAUUCAUUUCUCAAUCUCCAGCAUAAUUGUAACUCAUAAUCAGAAUGAAGGUUGAAAUUGAAGGCAGCCAGAGUGACUCUGCAGAAUCUCAGGGAGUGUCUGGAACAGAUGAAUCUGUUUCCAGCCAACCAGAAAAUAGAAGACUUGAAUCCAAGAAGAAACUAAAGAAAGUGAGGUCAAUAAGGCUUGUAAGAUUGCCAAGCAAGAGAUCAUCUGCUAGAGGGAGACCCCAAUAUGAUCAUCAUCUCUCCAUUCUCUCAUCAGUUAGCACAGAAAAUUUAGAGGGGGUAACACCACCUGAUAUGGCAGAUGCAUCACCCCAUUACAUGAAGGGUACCAGCAGUUCUCACGCAAAGGAUAGUGUUCAGAAUACACAAAGACUAUUGUUCACAAAGAAGACUUUGGGAAGAAUGUCUACUUUGAAACUGAAGAGGAGUCUCACCAGAAAGGUAAAUGGAAGGACUGAACCAAAGAGAAAACGGAAGUCUUCUAGAUCAAUCAUGCUUGUAACUGUCAAGGGCCAAAAGUCAUCUGAAUCUAUUGCAAGUGAUGCUGAUAACAAAACCCAGAGAGUCAUUACCAGAAGAUUAAGCUUGAAGCCUGUGAGGAUCUUAGCAAAGAUUCCCACUUUCAAAUCAAAGAAUUCUUCCAUGGAGAGUGGCCAAUCCCCAGACACAAGCUUGCUUAGAGCCACUUGCUCUUCUGCUCUGAAGGAUUCCCAUUUUCCUCACCACAUUGGCAUCCCUCAAGAGGAAAGUGACUCUCAAGGAGUAUCAGCUGUUGCCAAGGUUUGUCCAUAUUCUUAUUGCUCACUUCAUGGUCACCGCCAUGGGAAUCUGCCUCCACUGAAGCGCUUUGUGUCAAUGAGGAGGCGCACGUUGAAGAACCAGAAGCCAACCAAAAUGGAUCAUCAACCUGUUACUAGAUCAGAUCAGUUUGGUAAUGCAAAGAAAGCUACUCGUAAAACUCAAACUGUCCACUGUGAAGGUGGCAAAUCUCAUUUUCAGAACAAGAAAAAGCUGGUAAGGGAUUCAUGUAUUAGGCCUCAUGACACUCCAGAAUCCACAGUUACUGAAAGUGUGAAAUCAGUAUCGACAGAUGGUAUUCAGUUUUCUGCUCCUGAUAUUGAGAUGUUGGAGGGAGAAGUAACCAACACAGGAAAAAACAUGGAGCCAGACCAUGAAGUAGUUGAGGUGAGUUCUGUACCGAAAGAGUCUACACAUGCUAGCACUACUGAUAUGGCAUGUGGAUUGCAAGAAAGAGAUAAAAAGCAUAUCAACAUGUGGCACUUGGUGUACAAGCAUGCUGUAUUAAGUAACACAGGGAAAUCUGAAAACAAGCAGCCCUUUGAUGGAAGGGACAAGGAAGGAAGAGAUCAAGAAUUCCUUGCAACUAAUGAAGUAAACAACUCUAAUUGUCGCGAUGAUUGUGAUACAGACCAUGAUAUGGAUGAUGAGAAUAAGAAUGUAAUUGAGCUGGUGCAGAAAGCGUUUGAUGAAAUUCUUCUCCCAGAACCUGAAGAACUCUUUUCUGAUGAUAAUUCCAAAUCUGAAGGCGGUGAUUCAGACGAGGUACUCUUAGAAAAAAGGGAAGGCCAGACAGAAUGGAAAACCUCAGAAUCCACAGAAUCUCCAAUAGCACAGAGGAUGGAGACCAAAUCUGAUCAAAGAGCACCGAAAAGCUGGAGCAAUCUGAAAAAGUUAAUCCUCUGGAAAAGGUUUGUAAAGGCAUUGGAGAAGGUAAGAAAUAUCCACCCUCAAAGACCAAGACGUUUUCCUUCUGAUUCGAACUUUGAAAUGGAAAAAGUUUUUCUCAAGCACCAAACAGCCGAAGAGAAAAAGCAUGCUGAGGAAUGGAUGCUUGACUAUGCACUUCAAAAGGUUAUUUCUAAACUUGCACCUGCUCAAAGACGAAGAGUGACACUUUUAGUGGAAGCUUUUGAAACAGUUCAGCCAUUUCAAGAUGUUGAAAAUAGUACACGGCUUUCUGCAACAACGGAGCAUCAAUCAAAUCUAAUUCAAUCCCUUGAGAAUUCCUCAAAUCAAAGCAAGGAAGAAGCAUCACUUUCUCAUAACAGUACCAUGGAACUGGCUGUUAGUACUGGUGAUGAUCCAAUGAUAGAAAUGCACAGUCCUACUAUGCUUAAAGAAAGAUGUGUUGACUAUCCUGAGACUGAGACAGUCAAUAAUAUGCCUGUAUUUAGAGAUAUUGAAGAAGACUUGAAUGGAAAGCAAUGUUUAGCCAGAAGUUAUGAUAAUGAGAAGUUAUCAAGUGACAAUGCUAAUAUUUUUGUUGGAGAGAUCAAAGAUACCAGAUCAAGUUCCUUAUAUAAGCCAACUGAAUUUACAAGCAGCCAUGUGGAGGAUUCAACCAAUGCAGUAGUCAAUGAUGGUUCAGAAGACUUGCUAUCCAGUUUGAAUACAGAAAAUCAACAUAUCAAAUCUGAAUCAUCUGGAAGAGAUGUCGAAACCAAGAAUCUGAUUGGUGAUAAUGAGGAAAAGAUUUCCAUGCCUAAAAAUUUAUUAGUAGAAGGUCUAGUUAGAUCACUCAGAUCUAACUUGAUUGGUUCAGGAGCACCUGCGAAGCUAUCAGAUGAAUCAUCAGCUGAUGAAAAAGUUAAGUUGGAAACUGAGACUGUUGAAGAGUUCCCUACAAAGGAACAAUCUAAAGCUCCUACGAGUGCUUCUGUAGAACCUGAGACCCCUGUGGAGAAACAGAACAACACAGGAUUGUGGUACUUGGUUUAUAAACACAUGGUAUCAAAUAUGGCUGAAAGCAAUUCCAAGUCAGUGAUUGAUGGUGAAGAUGAGCAAGAGUCAGCGUUUGAUGAAAGCAGAACACGAGGAUCUUCCAUAUCUUACGAAGGCAUACCUGUGAGUGAUCAAGAGAAGCAAUUCAAGGACCAUGCUGUAGCUGAUCCAGAAGUUGCACUCCAACAGAUUGAAGCCAUCAAGAUGGUAGAAGAAGCAAUUGAUUCAAUUCUUCCAGAUGAUCAGGAUGACUUAGCAGACAAGGAGUCACUCACUGGCAACACAAUAUCAGACAACUCCAAACAAUCUGACAGAACUGAAGGAGUGUACAGCGAAGGCCUGAACCAAAAAGAAGAAAAGAUGGAAUCUGGUAAUGAAAUACUCCAGGAACAGCAAAAAGAAUCAGCACCAAAGGAACAAGGCAAAACAAACCAGCCAUUGUCUAGAAGCUGGAGCAAUCUUAAAAAAGUGAUUCUUCUCAGGAGAUUCAUCAAGUCAUUGGAAAAAGUAAGGAAAUUCAAUCCAAGAGGCCCCAGAUAUCUACCUCUAGAGCCUGAUUCAGAAGCUGAAAAAGUUAACUUAAGGCAUCAAGACAUGGAAGAAAGAAAAGGAACUGAAGAAUGGAUGCUUGAUUAUGCACUUCGACAGGUUGUUUCCAAAUUAACCCCCGCUAGGAAAAGAAAAGUGGAGCUGCUGGUGGAAGCUUUUGAAACAGUCAUUCCAACCAUAAGAAAAUGAAAUUGGGCAAACUGGCAAAGAGUGGAAUAGCUUUCUAUGAAAAAUAAAUUCAAGCUGGAAGGUAAACAAGGAGAUAUGGAUGAUCCUAAUCCUUUGGGAUGUGAAGAGUUUUUUGUUUGUGAAAACUGUGUCAGACCUGGUAUAUUUCGAUAGUCUCUUAGGUAAAAAACUUAGAGAGUGUAGAAUGUUUAUUCAGCAUCGACAAAAAUUAAAUACAGUACAUAUUUCCCCCUUGUUAUAUUUUUCUUGGUGUUCUGUUUUGUAUGAAAGACUUGCAUUACAAAUACCAUAGACCACUUACAUGUCAUGAUGUAUAUCGUGAACACCUCAGAAUGGCCAAAGCUGUAUUGGAUAUUUAUACUCUUCUUUUCUGAUA